AUGCUAAAGCUACACAAGCAACUUACGCAUGGCGAAACGAAGAGUUACGAAUGCGUUGCCGACCUUUUGGAGAUUAGGGAUUUGGAGAUUUUGGGAAAGGGAACGGAUUGGGGUAGGGGAAAGGAUUGGGCCUCCGGUAACUUCCCUCACAUGGCGAAACACAACGCUGUGUUGUUUCCCGUCGGUUUUUCUGUGAGCCCGUGGUAUCAUUCCGGUCGAACAUGGCUCUUCCACACUCAGUAUGGCUCUCCCACACUUAUACAGAUAAAGCGUUAUAAUGUACUGCGGCCACAGUGGAGCAGGAGAAGGAACGAGGAGCUCUUACUGACUAAAGUCAAUGGUUGGCAGUCAACAACUGUGCGAUUCAAGCGAAACUUUCUGCCCCGCACAGCAAAACUUUGGAGUGAUCUUCCGGCGGCGGUAUUCCCGAACCGAUACGACCUUCAAACCUUCAAGAAACGAGCGUACUCCUUCUUGAAGGACCGGCAACGCACCUGUGACUCCUCUGGUGUUUACCUGUUAGGGGCAUCAGAUACUCCUAGGAAACUGUGCUUCCCAAUGCUAAGUCAUAUCGGAGAGCUGCUCCCCUUGAGCCUGGCACGUGAUCGUUGCGCCACCGUAUUCCCUGAGGUCACUAAAUAUAAACAUCAGAUCCUUCAUGUGGGCGCUAGCAAUAUAGACAAUAAGGAUAACGUCAAUGUUUGA